AUGGCACCCAGAGUCAUCGUCGUAGGCGGCGGCUUGUCCGGACUGAGCGCCGCGCAUACCAUCUACCUCGCUGGUGGAAAUGUUGUCGUUCUUGACAAGCAAGCUUUCUUCGGAGGCAACUCUACCAAGGCCACUUCCGGCAUCAACGGUGCCUUGACCAGGACACAGGUCGACCACCAGAUUCAAGACAGCGUCAAGCAAUUUUACGAUGACACGCUCAAGUCCGCCAGAGACAAGGCAAGGCCAGACCUGAUCAAGGUCCUGACCUACAAGUCCGCCGCUGCCGUUGAGUGGCUGCAGGAUGUCUUCAACCUUGACUUGACUCUUGUAUCGCGGUUAGGUGGUCACUCCCAGCCACGAACCCACCGAGGUCAUGACGCCAAAUUCCCUGGCAUGGCCAUCACAUACGCUCUCAUGCAAAGACUCGAAGAGCUCGCCGAGACCGAGCCUGAGAGAGUAGAAAUCAUCAAGAAGGCUCGCGUCACGACCCUCAACAAGGACGGAAACACUGUUACUGGUGUCAAGUUCGAGGUUAACGGCGAGGAGCAGUCCUUGGACGGUCCAGUCGUGCUUGCGACCGGUGGUUAUGCGGCUGAUUUCAGCGACUCUUCUCUGCUGAAGAAGCACAGGCCAGACACAUACGGCUUGGCCACCACAAACGGUGCCCACGCCACUGGUGACGGCCAGAAGAUGGUCAUGGCCAUUGGCGGAAACGGCAUCGAUAUGGACAAGGUGCAGGUGCAUCCUACUGGUCUUGUUGACCCCAAGGACCCUGGCUCCAAGUGGAAGUUCCUUGCUGCCGAGGCUCUUCGAGGAGAAGGUGGUCUUCUUAUCAACGGCGAUGGAGACCGUUUCUGUGACGAGUUGGGCCACAGAGACUACGUUUCCGGCAUGAUGUGGAAAGAGAAGGACAAGGGCAAGUUCCCCAUUCGCCUCAUUCUCAACUCCAAGGCUUCCAACACCCUGGACUUCCACACUCGCCACUACUCUGGCCGUGGUCUGAUGAAGAAGAUGACCGGCAAGGAGCUCGCCAAGGAGAUUGGCUGCGCGCCAGAACACUUGCAGAAGACAUUCACAACAUAUAAUGCCAUCGCAGACGGCAAACAAAAGGACCCGUGGGGUAAGAAGUUCUUCCACAACGGCCCCGUGGAUAUCAACGAUGACUUCCACGUCGCGUUGAUGGAGCCCGUGCUGCAUUUCACCAUGGGUGGUAUCGAGAUAAACGACAAGGCUCAGGUUCUCAACACCGAGCAGAAGCCCUUCGACGGUCUCUUCGCAUGUGGUGAGCUGGCUGGUGGUGUCCACGGUGCCAACCGUCUGGGUGGCUCGUCUCUUCUGGGAUGUGUCGUUUACGGCCGUGUGGCUGGCGACACUGCGAGCAAUUACCUCUUCCAGCAGGCCCUGAAGGGCGCAGCAGGUGGGCCUGCCGCGCGUCUUGGCCAGAUCUCCCUCCACUUGGACCCUGCUGCCGGCAAGGUCACUCUGGACUGGGGCUCCAGCGGUGCCUCCUCCUCUGGCGCUGUGACCUCGCAACCCAGCACCUCGGCCGCUGGGCCAUCGCCUCAGGCGGACUCUGGUAAGGCCGCCUCCAAGCCCAACAACCCCAAGGAAUUCAAGGUUCCUGAAAAGGAGUUCACUCUGGAAGAGGUCGCUAAGCAUAACAAGAAGGACGACCUUUGGGUCGUCGUUAAGGGUGUCGUCAUGGACCUGACCAACUGGCUGGACGAGCACCCCGGUGGUCCUCAGGCCAUCAUGAACUUCAUGGGACGUGAUGCCACGGAAGAGUUCGAGAUGUUGCACGACGACGAGGUCAUCCCCAAGUACGCACCACAACAGGUCAUUGGCAGAGUCAAGGGACAGGAACCGAGCCUGGAGCUAUAA